AUGUCCAUGGAACAGCUGUUCAUGGGGCCGUGCGAUUGGCAUCUGUUCUGUUGCCGAGAUCCAGAAGGGCCGGAUGCAGUCUUGGCCGAAGGUAGUCUCCGCAUCUCAGGGAGAAAGGUCUCCGUAGCCAUUAUGUCUGGGCCCACAGCGCCACCCAGUGGCAAAUGUAGGUACAGCCAGCCCCAGCUUCCCAACAGCUCUCCUCCAUCAGGUGGCUAUGAGAGGUUUUCCUCCGAGUACCCGGAAUUCUGUUCCAAAACCAAGGCCCUGGCAACCAUUCCACCUGCCGUGCCCCCAAGCACGGCCGAGUCCUUGGACCUGGGCUGCAGCUCCUGCGGCACCCCACUGCACGACCAGGGGGGUCCCGUGGAGAUCCUUCCCUUCCUCUACCUCGGCAGCGCCUAUCAUGCAGCCCGGCGAGACAUGCUGGACGCCCUGGGGAUCACAGCCUUGUUGAAUGUCUCCUCUGACUGCCCGAACCACUUUGAAGGACACUAUCAGUACAAGUGCAUCCCGGUGGAGGACAACCACAAGGCCGACAUCAGCUCCUGGUUCAUGGAGGCCAUCGAGUACAUCGAUGCGGUGAAGGACUGCCGCGGGCGCGUGCUGGUGCACUGCCAGGCCGGCAUCUCGCGCUCGGCCACCAUCUGCCUGGCCUACCUGAUGAUGAAGAAGCGCGUGAGGCUCGAGGAGGCCUUCGAGUUCGUGAAGCAGCGGCGGAGCAUCAUCUCGCCCAACUUCAGCUUCAUGGGGCAGCUGCUGCAGUUCGAGUCGCAGGUGCUGGCCACGUCCUGCGCGGUGGAGGCCGCCAGCCCGUCGGGGCCGCUGCGCGAGCGGGGCAAGGCCACUCCCACCCCUACGUCGCAGUUCGUCUUCAGCUUCCCGGUCUCCGUCGGGGGGCACCCGGCGCCCAGCAGCCUGCCCUAUCUGCACAGCCCCAUCACCACCUCCCCCAGCUGUUAGAGCCUCUCGGAUCCUCCCUCCCCUACACCCGUCGGCUCUCAGCCCGGGUUGGGUGGCGCCCUGUGCGGGCAGCAGGUCGGGACUGGCCCGCAGGGGGCGACAGAGCUCCUCCCAUCCAUCUCUCUUUGGCCAACCGGGGGGCCAGCUAGAAUGGCAAUAAGGACUUCGAAUACAUAUUUAACGCAAACAAACACAACACUCCAACUUAGAGCAAUAAUGUCUUCCUCAGCAGGCAGGGAAGACCUGGGUUUUGGUUUGUGCGUCAGUUUUACUUUUCAGAUAGGAAUUUCUUACCUCAUUUUUUUCAGCAGUAAGGCUUGAAGUUAGGUAACCCACAGAUCCUGGCAAAGGUGCCCACGCGGUUUUAUUGAGGGGGAGGGGAAGGGAGGGAGGGGAGGGAAAAGGGAUAAGAUAAAAACAAGUUUGCCAGAAGUGCCUGGUUCUGUGUGCUCGGUCCUUUUGUCGUUGUAGUUACAGGAUUUUUUUUUUUUUUAAAGAAAUCUUUUAGGACAUGGUUUUCCUUUCUAAGUCACCACCAACAGGUGAAUAAUUAAGCUUAAUAAUAAAUAAAAGUAUUUAUUAAGAAUUUCCUCAGAGUAUGUAAGUACAAAAAGUCUAGUGAUGGUGAAUUUAGAAUAUAUUUAUGUUAAUGUGGAUCCCCAGAGCACAACAGCAUGCAGACGUCAAAGCAGUUAGGAAGUAAGUGGUGUGUACAAGUUAGCAUGAUGAUCAGCUUGCGUUUGUUACCGCUGAGAAGGGGGCAGGGUGGGGUGGGAGGAGGAAGAAAGGAAAGGACUACUUUUUCAUUACAGCCUCCCUCGGUAUCCGCCGGGGAUUGGUUCCAGCACCCCUUCCCUCCGUCGCGGAUACCCAAAUCCGUGGAUGCGUAAAUCCGCUGAUUCUUGCAUCCGCGGAUACUGCAUCCGCGCAUACUGCAUCCGCGAAUACGGAGCGCACUUGGUUCUUGGGCACAUUGGGCCACUGAAGCGAUUUGAAACCACAACAGGGCUUCCCUGGUGGCGCAGUGGUUGAGAAUCCGCCUGCCGAUGCAGGGGACACGGGUUCGUGCCCUGGUCCGGGAAGAUCCCACAUGUCGCAGAGCAGCUGGGCCCGUGAGCCAUGGC